UGGCGGUAUAAAUUCAUCGUGAUUUUUGAGAACGAACAGAGGGAAGAACAACUCGUGAAGAUUCCGGUGAAAAAUAAAUGGAGGGAGACGUGGAGGAUGACGCCAACGCCCGGCGGACUCACCGGAGUCCUCUGAAAGCCCUACCUAAUAACCCUAGAUGGAAGCAAAAGUUACGGGAGAAUUGCUUCAGAAGAACUCGCGAGAAUCGUUCUCGCUUGCUGUGGAAAUUUAGGUUACCCGGAGCUGAGGACCAAUCUGCGAGUCAUGAGGAAGAUGUUAAAUCAGCUCUCAGUGGCAUAUUUUCGGAAGAGCUAAAAAAAAUGAAAGGAUCAUCUUUUGAUGGAAGUGCAGCUCCAAUGUCUAAAAGUGUUGAUGACGACAUGAUUUGGGAAUAUGAUGGUCCUCACACAGCUUGUCCGAGUGACUGUGAAGAAAUAUUAUUAGAAAUGCAGAGAAUAUUUUAUGAGGAGCUUAGGGAUGAGGAAACUAGAAAGGAGAAUUUUAUUAGAACAUGGGAGGAUGAGGAAGAUGAAUACCUAUCUCGUGCCGUAUAUGAGCACAUGCAUCUCAAUGGUGAUAAGGUUGCUGAGGUGGUAUGGUGCCCCAUCUGUAAACAUGGAGAAUUAUAUGAAAAUAGUUGUGAUAUUUAUUGCACCCGAUGCCAUCUUAGACUAGAAAGAGGUGACGAGGUUGAUUUGAACCUUUUACGGCUGAGGCUGGCUGAGGCUCACACAGAGCAUCUCGAUCGAGGGUGCAGGUUGAAACCCGAGUUCUGCCUCGAGACUAAAUUCGAUCUGUCUGCAUUGUACAUCAAAUGUCAAGGCUGCAAUACCCUCGAGAUUGUGAUAUAACCUGACACCCCUGCUGUUGGCGGCCAUUGCAGAUAAUGCGACUUUUGCCUACGGGUACCUAACAAACAACUACUACUUUUGUGCCUUUUGCUGUGAUGGACCAAUUCUUUCGAGGAACUUUUUGUUUAUCUUGUCCGUGUUGGUUAUAUAUGUAUAUAGGGAUUUGGUAUAUAAAUAUCGAAGAAAUAUAUAUGCUUUAGACUAAGAAUAGGAAGGCGACAAGCCGCUUAGGUGUUUUUCCGUGCUUUGUUAUCUUCACCUUCAAAGUAUUUUAUUGGCAAAUACAAGGACAUUUACGGAGCAAA